CAAGCCGCGAGCCUCCGAUUGGCCUUUCCGCGAGCAUUCUCCACACUUCUUGGUCGAGAAGAUUGGGUCAGUUCCUUCAACGUGGCCAGCAUUUCUGCCACCACUACCAUGUCGUCGUCGUCGUCGCAGUGGCCGCCGCAGCACGGCGGGCCGCUGCUCGGGUACCGCGGCAAGUGCAAGUACAAGAGCGGUCGGUGCAUGAACGAGCGGACGCUCAAGGAGAAUGGCGAGCCGCACACACUCUGCGAGCCGCACCGGUUGCAACACAACAAGAACCAGCGCAAGUCGGACAUCAAGCGCCGCCGCCUCAAGAAGCUGCAAGCGCCGACCAAUGCAAGCGUCCAGCGGCUGCUGCAUGCUGAGAGCAUGGCGCGACGCACGACACCGACGCACGCGACGUCCAUGGUACACCCGAUCACGUUUGCCCCACCGGACGCAAGCCAUGAGGACCAGCACAGCGCGAGGAGCAGCGAUGUACAAAGCACCAGGGACGAUGCCUACAGCGACUACAGCGACGCCAAAAUGCACUCACCGGACGCACAAACCUCCUUCAACUACAGCUGGACCCGGCCACCGCCGCCGGGCAAGAUGGAGAUGCGGCGCACCAUAGAGUCCCCGAUGCUGCCACCUCUCCAAGCGUCCAUGUCCUAUCACAACGCCACCAACACGAGCGCCUAUCCUUCGGCCGACCGGUGGCUGCCACCGAUGGCGCAGGCGGCGCACGUGGCGAUCAAGCAGGAGCCGCCCGACGAGGCCAAGCCGCCGCCGCCACCGCCGGGUGCCGGUCUCCCCGACGGGUGGUCGCACGAGGACCUUGUCAUCUUGACCGAGAUGGUCGGUCUCCAGCAGUCGUCGUCGUCGGCGUCGUCGCGCCAGUCGUCGUGAGCGUCGGUCGUAUUUAUUUGCCAGUUUUGUUGUGUGCUAUGCGUUUUAAACAUAUAAACCACGUGUCGUUUGUUUGCA